GCAGCGCUAUUGCUCUAAAUAUUCUUUUCAGCAUUCCUUUACCAUUUGGAGUUGCGAUAACCGCAUGUGACGUUAUGAUAAUCUUACUAAUCUAUCGUGAAAAUAGCCUAAGAUCUUCCCGAAUUUUAGAAUCUCUCGUGAUGGUAUUAGUCAGUAUAAUCGGUGCUUGCUUUAUUGUGGAAUUAUUUCUUUCCAAACCAGUUGCAAGCCUUGUGUUUUCAGGAUAUUUGCCUAAUUCUGACUUAUUCACUAAUUCUAAAGAAUUAUUCGUUUCUGUUGGUAUAAUCGGUGCGACUGUUAUGCCACAUAAUCUUUAUUUACAUUCACAUCUAAUCAAAGUUAGAAAAUACCGAGAAGAAUCAAACGUAUUGAAUGACAUAGAUAAUAGCUUAGAAGCUAACCAAAUUGAAUCCGAUCAAAAAGUACAUUCGGUCAAGAUGAUGAUUAAAAAAAUAACCUACAGAACCAUUAAAUUAUCUUCUUUAGAUUCUUCUGUCGCAUUAAUAUUCGCAAUGUUUAUAAAUUCUGCGAUAUUAAUUGUUGCUGCAACAAAUUUCUAUUACAAUAACAAUACUACUUCAUCAAAGGUGGCUGGUUUAUUCGAUGCUCAUAAUCUAUUAACAAAGUAUCUUGGAGGUUCCGCAGGUAUUAUAUUCGCCUUGGCGUUAUUAAUAUCUGGGCAAUCCGCGACUCUCACAGCCACUAUAGCAGGACAAAUUGUUAUGGAAGGGUUCCUUGGUUGGGUAAUACCUUCGUGGAUGAGACGACUAUUCACACGUGCUGUUGCUAUUACACCUGCAAUGUUAAUUGCAAUUAUAAAUGGGCAAAAUGGACUAUCAUAUUUACUGGUCGUUAGUCAAGUAGCGUUAUGUGUUCAGCUACCAUUCGCUAUUAUACCAUUGGUUUAUUUUACUAGUGCUAAAACAUGCAUGACUGUUGAUGUUAGAAAUGCUUUUAAUCCUAAGAGUGAAAGGGACGAGGAAAAUGAAGAAGUCUAA